AGCUGCUUCUGGGGAAUUGGAAGUUGUCGAGAAUAGUGUUAAAAGGCCGAUUGCUUCCAAGAAUGCAACGCUAUAAUAACAUCACUGAAUGUAUAAAAAUGUGUGACAGAAUUCUUCGGAGUAAUAGCUGUCCACGAAAUGACAUUACAAAAUCAGAAUUUGUAAAUUCUGAAUUUAUUUUGUCUUCCAAAAGCCUGUCUUCUGAAGUACCUUUGUUCAAGCAGUUGAGCACUUUUCAUCCUACUAGAACCAUUGUGGUACAAAACUUUUUGCCUGAGGCAGAAGUACAUGUACGGAGUUUUGUUGCUUUGUUCGGAAUAACAGAAGUUUGCGAAAUCAUCAGAGAUGAUGCUCGCUCCUGCUUAGCUGUGAUACAAUACAAAUCAAAGACAUCUGCAGCUGAUGCUCUUUUAGCUAUGCCUUAUUGUCAGGUUCGUAGUAGUAAUUUAGUGGUCCACUUGCUAUGGAAUGGUCCUUAUGAGCACAUUGACGCCAUCACUUACAGUGUGAGUCAUUCUUUUAAGGAAUGCACAGAAAAGCGUGUUGUUUGUGUGGGCCACCUUCCGAAGAAUAUAAGUUCUGAAGCAAUCCGCAAGAGAUGCGAGAGAUAUGGGAAGGUAAAUGAUGUCAAAGUUCAACCUCAAGAUCAAGGAGCUUUCGCUUACGUCGUAUUUCAAUCCCCACUGUCUGCCGCUGUGGCUACCUACUGUCUUCGAAAUAGUUCAACAAGCAGUGCAGCUUUGAUGCUUGGAUACAGUGAAAAUGGCAGUCCUGUACUCCUGGGCCCCGUUCGUGUUCGACCAUUGGACCAAUAUCCUGUUCCUCUGACUGCAUUUGAUGUUCGUUGCAUUUGUACAAGGUUCCUUGAUUACUCAAGAUUAAAAGGACUGUUUGUUAAUUUCAAGCGUAAGAUGCCUGUUAACCAUUUCUUCAAGCCGGGUACACCAGAAUUUUGCAUUCGAAUUCCAACAUCUCAGGUAAAGGGGGUUUCCCUAUUCUUAGAAGUUCUACUAUUCGACGGAAAUUUCUUGAAGAAUGCUGAGGACAUUACGGAUCUUGCCUAUCAACUCUGCAAUCAUAAGCAUUUAUUCAGAUUCUCGGUAGAUUUUGGUCUGCACAAGCCCAUUAUGGCCCACGAUCGAAUGUCAAGACCGAAUCCACAAUACCUUCGAUGGAAUUCCUUUUUCAUUCUUGAUCUGCAAGUUUGCGUUCCUUGGGGUCAUGCCGAUCCACGACUGCAGCCAAGAAUCCAGAGCAUGAAUCAUAUUUACAGUGAUGUAGAUGGUAAAGUCUUUGACGAAGACAGUGUUACCUCAUCUUGGUUCGGUGGACCUCUGCGUCACACUAGCUGCAAUCUAAGUAUUUCUGGGUCUGCAACGGAUGACACUCAGCACAGAAAUAAAAUCAAAUUUUUAAUUGCUGAGAAUUUACCUUUGGUUAGAUUGGUUGGUUCGUAUGAAGAAACAAAUGCCUAUCAGUUACCAGUCCAUGCUUAUUCAGAUGUUCAGUCUAAUUUUAAAAUUGCUUAAUCUCUUGAUUUGAUAUCUUGCCUAAGAAUAUACUAACGUUACAUUGAUUUUGAUACGUUUAUUGCAUAUUCUCACUGUUAUGUAAAUAGGAAACAAUUCUACAUAUGGUAUUUACAAGUGUAUUUGAAAGAUCAGAUUGUAUUUUCUGUAAAACAUACAAUAUUUAUUACAGUUGCAUUUAACCGACUGCAGAAUAAAUAACAGAACAGCUAGGCAAAAACGAACAAGGAGUUUCAUAAUGUUACCUGUUACUGUUAUUUGAUCUUUAACAAUAAAGUUAUAAUGGUUUGUCGUUGACAACUAAUAUUUUUAUAGCAAACAUGCUAGUAGUGUUAUUAGAUUGAAAACUGUUUUUAACUAAAUUUAUAUUUAAAUGUUUUCUGUAUUUAUAUAUUUACACAUGGCUUUGAGCUUAUAAUUUUACAAAUACUAAGUUUAUAUUUGUUAUAAUUAAUAAAAUAGUUUGUAGAUAUGUAAUAUUUUAUUUUACGUUAAUUUAUAGCAGUGUUAAUUUACGUUCCACCGAUAUUCUGUAAUUAUACGCGUUAAUUUUGAAAAGAUGUUAUGUGCCUAAUUUUACUGGAGAUUUGUAAUUUUCGAAAAUAAGAUUAGCGUAUGAUGUUAUGAUAGUGUGAUAUUUGUAAAAUGUCUUAAAUAAUAAAACUGCAUAAAUUUAUCUGCUUACU